AUGUCAUUUGAUGAUGUGGCUGUGUGCUUCACAUGGAAGGAGUGGCAGGAUCUGGAUCCUGGUCAGCGGACCCUUUACAGAGAUGUAAUGCUGGAGACCUAUAGCAACCUAAUGUCCUUGGGGCACUGUGUUCCUAAACCUGAAUUGAUUGUGAAGCUGGAGCAAGGUGCAGAACCAUGGAUAAGAGAAACCUCAGACAAGAAUUUUACAGAUGUCCCAGAAAUGGAGGAUGUGAUUAGCACCUGUCAGGAAAUUCACAAUAAAUAUCUCUCUGAAGUAGCAGUCAUGAAUAGUAACCCAGGGGAGGAAAAAGUGAGACUGAUAAAAAGUUUUCAUUUGAGAACACACACAACAGAGAAACCUCAUGAAUGUAAUGUGUGUGGAAAGUCUUUCACCAAGAAAUCAAAGCUUACUGUCCACCAGAGAACACACACAAAAGAGAAACCUUUUCAAUGCAACAUUUGUGCAAAAUCUUUCACCUGCAAGGCAUAUCUUACUAGACACCAGAGAACACACACUGGAAAGAAAAUUUAUGAAUGUAACUUAUGUGGAAAGUCCUUCUCCUGGAAGUCAACUCUCACUGUCCAUCAGAUAACACACACAGGAAAUAAACCUUUUGAAUGUAACGUGUGUGGAAAGUAUUUCAUCCAGAAAUCAAAGCUUACUGUUCACCUGAGAACACACACAAAAGAGAAACCUUUUGAAUGUAACAUUUGUGGAAUGUCUUUCUCCUGCAAGGCAUAUCUUACUAGCCACCAGAGAACACAAAAAGGAGAGAAACCUUAUGAAUGUAACAUGUGUGGAAAGUCUUUCUCCUGCAAGGCAUAUCUUACUAGCCACCAGAGAACACAAAAAGGAGAGAAACCUUAUGAAUGUAACAUGUGUGGAAAGUCUUUCACCAUGAAAUCAAAGCUUACUGUCCACCACAGAACACACACAGGAGAGAGACCUUAUGAAUGUAACCUGUGUGGAAAGUGUUUCACCCAGAAAUCAAAUCUUACUGUCCACCAGAGAACACACACAGGAGAGAAAAUUUAUGAAUGUAACUUGUGUGGAAAGUCCUUUACCUGGAAGUCAACCCUCACUGUCCAUCAGAUAACACACACAGGAAAGAAACCUUAUGAAUGUAAUGUGUGUGGAAAGUCUUUCACCAAGAAAUCAAAGCUUACUGUCCACCAGAGAACACACACAAAAGAGAAACCUUUUCAAUGCAACAUUUGUGCAAAAUCUUUCACCUGCAAGGCAUAUCUUACUAGACACCAGAGAACACACACUGGAAAGAAAAUUUAUGAAUGUAACUUAUGUGGAAAGUCCUUCUCCUGGAAGUCAACUCUCACUGUCCAUCAGAUAACACACACAGGAAAGAAACUUUUUGAAUGUAAUGUGUGUGGAAAGUAUUUCAUCCAUAAAUCAAAGCUUACUGUUCACCUGAUAACACACACAAAAGAGAAACCUUUUGAAUGUAACAUUUGUGGAAUGUCUUUCUCCUGCAAGGCAUAUCUUACUAGCCACCAGAGAACACACAAAGGAGAGAAACCUUAUGAAUGUAACAUGUGUGGAAAGUCUUUCGCCAGGAUGGCAUACCUUACUGUCCACCAGAGAACACAUACUAGAGAGAAACCUUAUGAAUGUAACAUGUGUGGAAAGUCUUUCACCAAGAAAUCAAAGCUUACUGUCCACCACAGAACACACACAGGAGAGAGACCUUAUGAAUGUAACCUGUGUGGAAAGUGUUUCACCCAGAAAUCAAGUCUUACUGUCCACCAGAGAACACACACAAAGAGAAACUUAUUGAAUGUAAGAUUUGUGGAAAGUUUUUCACCCACAAGGAAUAUCUUACUACCCACCAGAGAACACACACAGUAG